GAAAUACUGUUCUUCCGUUGUCAUCUUGAUGCGGAUCAAGCUUAAAGAUCCCAGGGUCCUGGACAGCAUGCUCCCGUACCUGACGGCGUACUACGGGAACCCCCACUCCAGGACCCACGCCUACGGCUGGGGGAGCGAGGCUGCCGUGGGGGAGGCGAGGCGGCAAGUUGCGGAUUUAAUAGGAGCUGAUUCAAGGGAAAUUAUCUUUACUAGUGGUGCAACAGAAUCAAAUAACAUGGCAAUUAAGGGUGUUGCAAGGUUCUACAAAUCCAGAAAAAAACACAUCAUUACUACGCAAACAGAGCACAAGUGUGUGUUGGAUUCCUGCCGCUCCUUGGAGGCAGAAGGUUUUCGGGUCACAUAUCUACCUGUUAAAAAAAAUGGGCUCAUAGAUUUGAAGGAGUUGGAGGAUGCCUUCCAGCCGGAUACGAGUUUGGUUUCUGUAAUGACUGUGAAUAAUGAGAUAGGAGUAAAGCAGCCAAUUCAUGACAUUGGUGAGAUCUGCCGCAUGCGGAAGGUGUUCUUCCACACAGAUGCUGCACAGGCAAUUGGCAAAAUUCCUGUGGAUGUCAAUGACAUGAAAAUUGAUCUCAUGAGCAUCAGUGGCCAUAAAAUUUACGGGCCAAAAGGGGUUGGUGCCAUCUAUGUUCGCCGUCGCCCACGCGUCAGGCUGGAGCCCCUGCAAAGCGGGGGAGGCCAGGAGAGGGGACUGCGGUCUGGGACUGUGCCCACUCCGUUAGCCGUGGGCCUUGGGUCAGCAUGUGAAGUGGCACAGCAAGAGAUGGAGUAUGACCAUAAGCGAAUCUCACAGCUGGCAGAACGACUGGUUACAAAAAUAAUGAGUGAAGUUCCUGAUGUGGUUAUGAAUGGAGAUAGAGACCAUCGUUACCCAGGAUGCAUCAAUUUAUCUUUUGCCUAUGUGGAAGGGGAGAGUCUUCUGAUGGCUCUGAAAGAUGUGGCUCUGUCUUCAGGAAGUGCUUGCACAUCGGCUUCUCUAGAGCCUUCCUACGUUCUGCGGGCAAUUGGAACAGAUGAAGACUUGGCUCACUCUUCUAUAAGAUUUGGCAUCGGUCGUUUCACUACAGAAGAAGAAGUGGAUUAUACAGUGCAGAAGUGCAUACAGCAUGUUAGAAGGCUGAGGGAAAUGAGUCCUCUCUGGGAAAUGGUGCAGGAUGGAGUUGACCUUAAAAGCAUUAAAUGGACUCAGCACUGAGAAAACAUCACUGUCCAUGGACUAGAUGUGGAUGUGGAUUAAAAUGCAUUUUCUGUACAUUCCUGAACAAAUUCUGCAGCACUUAGGUAUUUUUUACACUUGCAAUUUGACUGCAAAACUACCUUUUCUGAUCACAAAGUCUAAGAAGUCAAAAAUUAAAGUAGUCUCUGUUCUGGAGAAAGGCAGGAUGAUCUAACAGCCAUUGCUUUAUACUGACACAGAAAUUUAUGCCAAAAUACAAUUUAUUUGGAAAUACAUUUUCUAAGAAGAAAAUGCAGUCAGUGUGUUACUCCUGGGACA